AAUCUAUUCAUCAAUUGGCAUACACAGUUGGACCCAAACAUUAAGCUUUAAUGUCUAAACUCAAGGGAUUUUGUAGGGAUAAAAAAAAUUGUUCGAAACAUAUUCAAAAUUAACCAAAAAGAAAUAUGUGUAAACUAUUAUCGCCCGUUACCAAACAAUUUCUAGCGAUUUUUUGCUGUAAUUUGUUAACUUUAUCAUAUGGGAUCGCCAAUGGGUGGGCAACAAUCAAUUUCAAUGAGCUUCAAAGGGAAAAUACCACAUUUCCAACGGGCCCAUUGAAUUUAAAUGAUGCUUCUCUAGUAGUUUCAAUGGUAAACGCAGGUGGAUUCAUUGGAAAUUUUGCCAUUGGCCCAAUGAGCAACGUGAUCGGCAUUAAACGAACGAUCCACAUUCUUGGCCCACUGAUGAUUUUUAGUUCACUGCUUACAAUAUAUGCAAAAAAUGUAUAUUAUUUAUUUGCAUCAAAGCUUCUCAUGGGAUUUGUGAGCGGGACUUUGGUUAUUGGUAUUCCCAUUUUUAUAAAUGAUAUAUCAUACGAUAAUGUUCGUGCUGCAAUGGCCUCUUUAUAUGAUCCAACGUACAAUUUUGGAAUUAUAAUAUCGUUUUUUCUCGGAAACUAUUUGAACUGCUUAGAUCAGGUGAAAUUCCAAUUGAUUGUUCCGAUUGUUUUUAUGGUUGUGAUGUUUCUACUCCCUGAGUCACCCGAAUAUUGGUUAAAUCGAAACAAAGAAAAACGAGUCAUAAAAGCGCGCAAAUUCUACAAAGGAAGCAUUCCAGCCCUUGACAACAUUGAAUUUCAUGAAAUACCCAUUGAAGAAAAAAAUGAAAAAGAAAAAUUGGAACAAAUUGAUGAAAAUGAAACAAAUUCAAAACUUACUCUUCGAGACUUUUUCACACCACAGGCAAAGAAAGCACUUUUUAUUGGUUUUGUAUCACUCACAUUAUCAUUUUUAUCUGGAACUUUGACGAUUAUCAGCUAUGUUACGGAUAUUUUCGAGAAAACACAUUCUUCGUUGUCCGAGAAACAUUCUUCAAUUUUAGUUAGUGUAGUACAGUUAACUGCAAACUUGUUACUAUUAAAUAUUGUUGAACGGUUUAAUCGGAAGACUCUCUAUGUAUGUUCAUCAUUCUUGACAAGUGGUAGCUUCUUUUUGUUUGCGGUUUACUGCCAAUUUUGGAUCGAUCAACCCGAAUACCGAUGGAUGGCACCCUUUUGUUUUUCGUGCAUCACUUAUUUUAGCUGCAUGGGACUGUUGCCAAUUCCAUACAUUUUAAACAUUGAAAUAUUCCCAAAAAAGAUCCGUCAAACCUGUCUCGCACUGGCUGUUUCAGUGAUGUGGAUUAUUCUGUUUAUCCUUGGGUGGAUAUUUCCAAUAAUUUUAGAUGCAAUCGGUCUCGUAAAUUGCAUGAUCGCGCUGGCGGUUAUGAGUUUACUUAAUGCACUUUUUGGAAUAAUUUUUGUUCCUGAAACACGUGGAAAGUCCCAUGAGGAGAUUAUGAAAUUGAAUUAUUGCUCUGAGGAGGAGGUAAAUAAGGAAAGCGAUGAGAGGAACAAUCCCCGCUUAUUACAUGCACAGUGCAACAUAACGUUAGUGACGAAGUGCAAAAUUCAAAGUGGCAACAAAUAUAUUUUAGUGAAUAGCAUUACACAAAAAAGAAAAAUGUGUAAAAUAUCACCCCUUUUCAAACAAUUCCUAUCCAUUUUAUGUUGUAAUUUGUUAACUUUUUCAUUCGGUUCGACGAUGGGUUGGUCAACAAUUAAUUUCAAUGAGCUUCAAAAUGAAAAUAGCACAUUUCCAACGGGACCAUUGAGUUUAGACGAGGCCUCGCUUGUUGUGUCGUUGAUAAAUUUCGGUGGAUUUAUUGGCAAUUUUAUUGUUUUGCCUUUCAACAUAAUGUUUGGUGUCAAGCGAACUCUUCACUUUUUCGGAAUACCGUUAAUUCUUAGUGCUCUAAUUAUUAUUUACGCGCGAAAUAUCAAAUAUCUUAUGUCUCGAGAAUAUCUUGUGUCUCUUCUUUAUCUGUCGAGAAUUUUGAGUGGUAUUGCUGGAGGAGCUUGCGGAGUAACCAUACCAAUACUAAUAAAUGACAUAUCGCAUGAUAAUAUCAGGGGAGCACUGAACAGUAUUUAUGAUCCCAGCAGUAACUUGGGAAUGAUUUUUUCAUUUUUUCUCGGCAACUUUUUGAAUUGGUUAGACCAGGCAAAAGCGCAAGUGAUUGUGCCAAUUAUUUUCAUGAUUAUUAUGUUUCUUCUCCCUGAAUCACCCGAAUACUUAAAGAAUCGAAACAAAGAAAAGCGAGCUAUAAAAUCGCAUCGUUUUUACAAAGGAAGUUUGAACGAGCUUGAACAGGCCAAAUUUCUUAAGCAAAAAGAUGAUAAAUUUGAGAGCGGAUCGAGGGCGAAUGAUGGAGAAGAGACAGAUUCAACGUCAAAAAUAAGACUUCGUGAUUUUUUAACAACGCAGGCCAAACGAGCGAUGUUCAUCUCAUUCACAUCGUUGACAUUCAAUUUUCUAACAGGAAGUCUGUUGAUCAUCAGUUUUGUUACCGAUAUCUUCACUAAAACGGGAUCACCGUUGUCUGCAAAAAAAUCGUCACUCUUAAUUUCAAUGACACAAAUGAUCGCCAAUUUGGUAUUUCUCAAUAUUGUCGAACGAGUUAAUCGACGGACACUUCAGAUUGGGUCAUCAAUACUAACUACAAUUGGUUUCUUCCUAUUUGCAAUUUGUUCUUCGCUUUGGCUCAAUCGGCCGGGAUUCGAAUGGGUGCCUACGAUUUGUUUUGCAUGUAUUGUUUUCUUCAGUUGGUUGGGACAAAUUCCCAUACCAUUCAUCAUAACUACUGAAAUUUUCCCGAAAAAGAUAAGACAAACUUGCCUCGCAAUGGCCAUUUCAUUUUAUUGGAUCAUUUUAUUUGGACUUGGAACUGUUUUUCCGAUCUUUUUAGAAACAUUUGGACUUUUUAAUUGCAUGUUUAUAUUGGGCAUUAUGAGUAUAAUAAAUUUAAUUUUUGGCAUUUGCUUCAUUCCGGAAACUCGGGGAAAGUCUUACGUUGAAAUUAUGCAACUUUUAACGAAUAAAUAAUCUAAGAAACAAAA